AGGAUUUGGGGGACCAGGGAAGGGUUUCAUUUUUGACCAGGCUGAGGCUUUGUUUAAAAAAUUUAUUGUCAUGCCAUUCUACUGUUCUAUGUUUCUAUCAGGCACUUAGGCCUGUUACUAAAAUGUCAGUUCCUAAGAAGACCGUUCAACUAUUCUAUGAUGUUUUAUCUCCAUAUGCUUGCAUAGCAUUCCAUGUUUUAACUCGAAUGAGUGAACAAUGGACAAAAAUGGAUUUGCAACUCAAACCUGCCCUUAUUGCUGGAAUCAUGCAAAGCACUGGGAACCAACCACCAGGAAUGCUGCCUGCUAGAGCAAGUUACAUGACAAAAGACCUCUAUCGACUUGCGGAAUACUAUGACAUAAAGUUCAAAUUUCCAUCGGAUGUGAUGAACGUAAUGAUUGUCAAAGGAUCCAUGAAAGCUCAGAGGUUGCUUACAGCGGUAAAACAAGAAUGUCCUGAACACCUUGUCAAUGUAUCAACACAAUUGUAUUCAAGAAUAUACUUCAAUGAUCAAGAUAUCACAGAGGACAGUAGUCUCAGAGAAGCCUGUCUUGCGGCAAAUCUGUCCUAUGAAACUGCAAAUAAACUGGUUGCCAUGACAUCUGAUCCAGAGAUCAAAGAAGCUUUGAAGAAAACAACUAAUGAGGCUGUAAGCUAUGGUGCGUUUGGGUUGCCAUCAUAUGUAGUGAAGCAUAAUGGUAAACCCCAACUGCUUUUUGGUACUGAUAGACUAUUUCUUCUAGCGCAUUAUCUAGGUGAAAAAAUGCCUGGAUCGAAACUAUAAUAAUUGGAUUUUUUGCAUUUGUACCUCUUAUCGUGGAGUUAUUUUGAUUUUUAUAUUUAAUCCAUCUCCUAAUAUGGUCAAACAUGGAAGCAUGCUCUAAAACUGUGGUUCCCAGCCCCUUUCCAUAGGGUUUUAUUAGUACUCAUGGGCUUCACCAUUCCACGAAUACAAGAAUUAUGCACGUUCCAGACUGUCUCGAUUUACCUUGGUUAAUUAAGGUAACUUAUUAAACUUAACUGUCAUUCUUGGGCAAUAGAAAUUUUAACAUUUUUCUCUACAUAUUAUUACGUUUACAAUAGCGAGUCUGUAUAGACUAACUAAGUUUGACCGUUAUCUGUUGACUACAAAGGUUCACAGAGUCAUUUAGAGUGUUUUAUUUUGCAAAUCCCACUUGGUGCCUAGGAUUGUGGCUCCCGGUUAGGAAUAAUUACCUGCUCUAAAAGAAAGCAGCUAAUCCUGUUUGUGAAAUCGUUCAAUUUUACAAUCAUUUUUGUAUUGUUAUCACUAUAUACCAUAAUGUGAUUUAUCAGUAGAUUCAUUUUAAAUAAUUUUGUGAUUAUCCAAAUUUGGAUGAAUCAUUAUAUCCACAAGUGUUUGCUUGAUUUUGUGAUUAAUAUAUGCACAUCCUAUGAAUAAGAAUCACUGUUUUAGCCUUAGUUGUAAUAAAUACGAAAAACUUAA